AUGACUAGUAGCUUCGAGUUUCACCUGCUCCGGGUGACCAUGGCUCAGCUUCUUAAAGCGCAUGGCUUUGACAAAUGCAACAACCGGGCUCUGGAUCUUGUCACCGACCUUUACGUGCGGUAUUUCCAGCUGCUCUUACAGACCGUCACAAAAUACAUGGAGGCCCGCAAUGACAUUGAGCCCAACAUCCAGGACAUCUCCGACGCUUUCCUGGAGCUCAAGAUUAUCUCGCCGGCGCGAAGGCUGGACGCCUUUGAUUCUGAUCGACUUGUUACGCAGGGCUUGAGCAAUUUCGAAUACUGGUUCCAAAGUGACAUGAACACGCGACUACGAGAGGUGGCUAGACCAAACAAAGAGUUUCUCACAGAGCUGGCAGAGCUCAAGAGCUCGAUGGAUAUACACACAAAGAUGAACAGUCUGACCGCAGCAUUGGGCCAAGCAACCCCAGGACUACACAGGCAGCCGACCCAGCCCCUGGAGCCAUUGAGCGUGCCGGCAAACGAAAACGAACCGAUCGACGAUGGAAUACGAUUGGACCCGGACUGGAUCCGUUUUGUGCUGCGCGGGCAGCUGAGCGAAAAACCUGACACGAAGUUCAAAGGAACAAUUCUCGAAGAAUAUGUUCCGCAAGAUUUACAGCAACCCACAGUGACCUCAAAUAACGAUCAUGUGGUCUUUGGACCCACUCCAGAAAACCUGGUGCAACAUUUGCCUUACGCAGAAAAUCAACAAAUGGACGAUUCCGAUGAUAUAUAG